CAAAAGUAGGUGUGUUGUCGUUGUAAUGUUGAAAAAAGAAAAAAGAAAGAAGAAAAUCUGUGUUUUUUUGUAUAGAUAACGUCGCUAUGGGUGUUAUUCUUCCAAGGAAUCCACAAUCUCCUCCUCAAUAACCAGAAAGAUUCAUUACAACACCAGCACAACAACAGCAUUGUUCUCUGCUCUCUUUUGCUUCGACAAGUCCCAGGCUUUCCAAAAGCCCAUCCCUUUUCGCUCACCAAGGUUAAAACUUCCUGUUUUCUGGUCAAAAUGGGUUGUUUCCAUUGAUGGGUUUUGCGCUUCAGAGGCUGCUUUCAAAUGGGUAUAUGUUAGAUUUUUGGAUAUCUUGCCUUUUCCUUAAGAGGGUUCCUUUAAUGGAUUCUGUAGGAGUUUUGAUUGAUGGGGUUGGAAGUCAAGAUUUUAAUGGUGAAAAUUGAAAUAAUGAGGAUGCCUUGGAAUUAGGGAGGUAUUACUCUAUUUUUCUUCUUCGUGGAAGGAGAGCAGAUAUGGAUUUAUGGGUUGUUGGAGCCGCUGCCGCUGCUGGAUAUAUAGCUAAAUAUUGGCAAAAUCUUUCAAAACAUAGGGCUAGUUCAUUGGAGUUGUCUUCUGGAACCUCCACUUGCGAGAAACCUGAAACCUCAAGUUCUCCCUUUCAUAAAUUGAUUAGAAGGAAACAAGCUGAAGACACUCUUACAAGUGGAAGACACUUUUCAGAUGGAGGAUUCUCAGAUAUUUACCAUUUGGACGGUGCUUCAGACACUGAAGCACCAUCUACUAGUAGUUUUGGUGAAAGGAUUGUAAGAUUGAGAACUUAUGAUGAUUGCAAUGUGCUUUCCAUGUCGAGCUUACCACCUGGAUUCUCAGUAAAUGAAAACUUAAAAGAAAAUGAGGAUGGAAAUGGGCUGAAUGAUAAUAUGGAUGAUAAUUCCGGUAACCCUUAUACAGGUGAAUUGGAUUCUUUUCAUUGUUCUGGCAAGAACUCUCUUAGAACUAAACAUUCAGGCAGCCAUGUUGUCAAACCUUUUAGCUCACUAGAUAGCUGUCUUAUGGCUCAGUUAUACAAGGAACAUGCUAGAAUGGAAGAAUAUGUGCUUAGUGCUCUGCAGUCACCAUCCACUAUUAUGAAGCCAUUACUGAUAACUGAUGGAACGCAAAUAAUUAGCAGAGCGGAUAGGGAUUCUUUAAGUGCACAAAUUGCAAGUGAUAAUAAUAGGUGGCACAAGGAGGAAAUUGUUUGUGGAGUUCCUCCACUACCAAAAAUUGGAUUUGCAGAUCACCUGAAGAAGAUAAAAUCUAAGAGUGGAAAGAGGCAGAAUGAAAGAUCGAGCAGUUCCCAAAAGCACCUACAGUCACCAAAUGGUUCACAUGAUGGAACGGUUUUAUUCUGUUUGGGUGUUUCUAUUGGUAUAAUCUCUUCUCUCAUGGCUAAUGGAAGAGAAGUAAACCAGCUAAAAGAAGAUUUGAAACAUACUCAGAACUUGGUUCAAGAUCUACAAGAGGAACUUGAGAUGAAGGAUUCAUUGACUGUGAAGCAACUGACAAAUGAGAACAAUGAAUCACAAGAUACCUGUGAUAACUCUUUUCACUACAGGGCAUCGAAUCCACAUCUCCUCAUACAGAAUGUGAAUGAUUCAAUGAACAACAUUGGUGCAGUAUCAUACAAUGAGAACACAGAGCAGAGUCCAGAGUCUAUGAGUAAAAUUGAAGCAGAGCUUGAAGCCGAGCUUGAGAGGUUGGGGCUAAACAUGAAUCCAUCUGGUCCACCGAGAAGAUUGUCUGAACUUGUUGAGCUUGACCCAGACUCUACAGCAGAUUUUGCUCGAGGAGAACUGAGGCUUGACAUGGUCAAUCGGCAAGCUGCUGCUCAAUCUGAGUCAAAUCAAGAUGCAAGGGGCACCUCCCCUACUUGCUCUGCUAAUUAUGCAGUUUCACCACGAGAAUUGAGCUUGCAUCUCCAUGAGGUUAUUCAGUCAAGACUUCAAGAGCGUGUGAAGGAGCUUGAGACAGCCCUUCAAAACAGCCAGAGGAAGGUGCAUCUCCUGGAAUCAGAACAUAAGAAUGCUCAAAGGUUGUUUUCAACCACCGAGCUAAGAUACUCCUCUGGGGAAGUAAGUCCAGUUGUUGAAGGAGAUUUCAGUUGCAUAGAUCAGCCUCUAGUUAUGAAUUUAUCUAGGGAAGCCCUGGAUGCGUACAAUGAGGCAUAUGAAGAGCUAAACAAGAUGAAUGAAUCUGAGGAAGAAGAUUCACUGUCAGGGGAUUUUGAAGACAAUCAAGCGGGCUUGCAUCUAUUUGACCAGAGGGUGUCAUGGGGUCAAAAUGGCAGGGCAAAUGGUUCCUUUUCACUUUCUUCACAUAAUCAAGAAAAGACACCAAACGAUCUACACACGGGUCCAUUAAAGUCAUCGGCAGAGUAUGGCGCAGGAAUUGAGGAAUUGCUUUAUGAUAGGAUAAGUGAAGAUGAAAACAGUGAUUGUGAUGAUGAGAUGGAGAAGCAGUUGAUACAGCAGAUUGUAGAGAAGACCAAGAAAGGCUCUCCUGUAGUGCUAAAUGCACAAAGGUUGUUGUUUUCAGUGGAUGACAAUGAACAUUAAACAUGCAAUUAAUAGAAAGUUUUGCAUUAUAUAACGAUA